CGCAAUCUAGUUCGCCACUGCGCUGCGCCUGCAGGUCAUGGAACUCCUUUCCACCGGUUACUAUCAACGCGCGCGUCUCGCCGGCUAACGAACGACAGCAAGCCCAGCUCGCCGGCUUGAGACGGGCCUUGCGGCAUGAGCGAAUCACUUGUCCAUGCGGCAGCCGGUGCAGCCGGUGGCUGUGUAGCCAUGGCGAUCACGUAUCCGCUCAUCAGUGUCAGUACACGCGCUCAAGUCGAAACGAAGCGACAUCCUGGGGAGACGACGCUCGACAGCAUCAGACGGUUCGUAGCGAAAGAAGGCAUCGCAGGCCUAUACGACGGACUCUCGUCGUCAUUGCUAGCAAUUGCAGUCACUAAUGGCGCAUUCUAUGCGUUUUACGAAGAGUCGCGCACCCUCAUCGCCAACUACAAGGCCAAGCGCGAGAGGAGCUCAAUCACUAGCGCGGCAGCGAGCUUGUCGAUGCUCGAAAGCAUCCUCGCCUCUUUCUUAGCCGGCUCAGCGACGUCAAUCAUCUCGAAUCCGAUAUGGGUCAUCAACACCCGCCAAACCGUGAGGACGACAGUGUCUGAUCCUCAAAAGGCAGACGCGCGCGAUCCAAAGACAGGCAGACCCGUCAUGGUCAAGAAGCUUGGCUUUGCGGCCACACUGAAGCACAUCAUUCAGACUGACGGUCCUGGGGCGCUCUUCAAUGGACUAGGGCCUGCGCUCUUGCUCGUUGCCAAUCCGAUAAUCAGCUAUACCGCUUUCGAGCAGAUGAAGAACCUCCUCUUGACAAGACGUGCGGCAAAGGCGAGCCAAUCCGCCACAGGCAGUCCACUGGCUGCAUUGCCCCUGACUGACCUUGACUUUUUCGCGCUCGGAGCGCUGUCUAAACUAUUAUCCACCGGGUUCACCUAUCCAUGGCUCACCGUCAAGUCACGCAUGCAAUCUGGUCAAGCGCAAGGGAGGAGCUACAAGUCUACAUUUCACGGUAUCACAAGCAUCAUCCAGUCCGAAGGUCCCGCGGGUCUUUAUCGAGGCAUCAGUACGAAGCUCCUUCAGAGCGUUCUAACCAAUGCGUUCCUGUUCAUGAGCAAGGAGCGUUUCUACCUGCUCGUGAAAUCGCUCAUCUUGACACUAUCAGUGCGCAAGAACGUGGCCGCCUAGACUCGAACAUGCUUGCACUAAGCUAAAGCGAGACAUGUACAUCUCCUGAGCACAAUACAACGAACUAAGAGCAGGAGUGACAAGGUCGGGAUACUGAAUAGGUCGUUUGCUAAGCUUCGUGAUCGUAUGCGUUGAUGCGCCGGUAUUCAUCUU